CAUAUAUUUACUUGGAUGAAACUCCGGCAUGAACCACAGCCUCCCGCUCCCCGCAGCCCCCGCAGCUCCGUCCCCCCAUCCCAUGGCGGGGCGGGUCGCGGCUGCGCCCGGGGCGGCGGGGGCGGAGCGGAGCGGGGCAGCCCGGCCGCGGCGUGCUGUUGCAGUCCUUGUGUAAAUUGGUCACCUGCGGGAAACAUGAGGUCGCAGUGCGUCACAGCGCCCACAGUCACUCUUCUUCUGUUCCUGCUGUGGAUCCAGUCAUCAACAGGCUGCAACAAGGCUCUCUGUGCUAGUGAUGUCAGUAAAUGCCUGAUACAGGAGCUGUGUCAGUGCCGCCCUGGGGAGGGAAACUGUUCCUGCUGUAAGGAGUGCAUGCUCUGCCUGGGCACACUUUGGGAUGAAUGCUGUGACUGUGUUGGUAUGUGCAAUCCUCGCAAUUACAGUGACACCCCUCCAACAUCCAAGAGCACUGUAGAGGAGUUGCAUGAACCAAUUCCUUCACUUUUCCGAGCGCUGACAGAAGGAGAUACUCAGCUGAACUGGAAUAUCGUUUCCUUUCCUGUGGCGGAAGAACUGUCACACCACGAGAACCUCGUUUCCUUUUUAGAAACAGUGAACCAGCCACAGCAUCAGAACGUCUCUGUUCCAAGCAACAAUGUCCACACACCUUACUCCAGUGACAAAGAACACAUGUGUACUGUGGUGUAUUUUGAUGAUUGCAUGUCAAUACAUCAGUGCAAGAUCUCUUGCGAGUCCAUGGGAGCAUCCAAAUACCGAUGGUUCCACAACGCCUGCUGUGAGUGUAUUGGGCCAGAAUGCAUCGACUAUGGCAGUAAAACUGUAAAAUGUAUGAACUGCAUGUUUUAAAGCAGGAAAAUUGUAAUAUAGCAAUACUGAGGCCAAAGUAACCUCUCUCAAUUAAAGAGAUGGUGGAGUGCCUACUGGUGGCAAUUAAAUGUACCUGGUUGAAAAAAAAAAGAUGUAUAAAAUCUGAAAAGUUGUUUUUUGGGGUUGGUUUUUUUGUUGUUUUUUUUUGUGGUUUUUUUUUUUAAUUCAUGUAAGCAAGGCUAACUAGUAGAAGUUUCAACACUAUGUUUUAAGUUUAUUUUUCUUUAUUUCUACUCAAAUGGUACAACAACAUCCUUGCUGUUCUGAUUGCUUUCCUUUGAUUUGAAAGUAUUGUCUAUACUGGUUUUCAGAACGUAGUACUAUAUCUUGUAGUUUAGAGUAGCGAAACAUGAAGAUUAUGGUAAUGAGGUUCCCAUCAUCUAAGCUCAACAAAUAAUUAAAUGGCUGCUAGGUUGAAGGGGCUGUUUUUUUUGUUUGAGUUUCUCAUUUUGUUUUUUUAACUUUAUUAUCUUCCAGUUUUUGAGCUUAGCCUUCUAUUGCAAAAAUGGUAUUGGAGGGAAAAAGAAAAGUUCGUGCUUUCUUUUCAAGUUCAACUCCUGGGCUGUCAUGGAUAAAAUCCUAACUUCUUAGAAGGGCUGCCCAACAAAAUAAUGUGUAUGGGACACUUUUCUUCCAAGUUUCAUUUGCUGUAUUCUCCCAAGUAUGUUGGGGCCUAAGUUGCGUCAUUUAUAUGUAUAAAAAAAAUACAUUUCAGCCUUCUCUUAGAUACCAAAAUAAAGCUGUUAAGUGCAGUUAAAUCUCCCUCCUUUUGCACUGUUCUCUAGGGUUGCUUACUCCCUGAAUACUCCUGUAUUAUGGAUUUAACAACUAAAUGAAUAAUGAAGAAAGAAAUUAUGUGAACUAGCAAGUGGUACAGGGUUACCAGUUGAGCAGGUGGCCGUCAGCAUGUUCCUGUUUAGUAGUUUGCUGUGAAUAUUUAUUCCAAAAUGGCAUUCUUUUAUUUUCUUUCCCAUGAAAUGUCAUCACUGAGGAAGGGAAGAUGUGUCUACAAAGGCAAAAUUAGGAUAUUCUGAGCUUAGAACAUUCAGUCCAUUUUUCUAAGUAAGCAUUUCAAUAUGCUGACAGUUACAUAGCUGUCACUGUGUCCCAGUUAGGUGUCCGUUGAUAAUGGUACUGAGUACAAGGAUAAAGUGUAUGAGUAAUUAGCAAUCAGCUUUUGGUAUUUAUAAUGAUGUGCGUUUCAACUCCUUGAAAUGUUUUUUUAAUGCAUAUAUGCAUAUGCGCACACAAAAGAAUUUGACUAUUCAUGCUUCUGUCACUAACCUCAGUCUGGAGGGAUUAAACUGUUUUCUAGUCACAUCUGCCUAUCUGUACCAUGUACAAAUGAAAGCAGUCAUUUUAAAUUUAUUUUGUUGAAAGGUUUCCCUGAAUGUUUUUUUAUUUUGUUCUCAUGAUACAAUUCUUUCAAUAAGAUGAAAUAAUAAUAAUAAUAAAGAGAUCAUCCCUUGUGAAAUAACAUUACUUUUUUCAGUCUCUUUUUCUGCUAUUAAGAAGUACUUGAAAGAUGAAUGUUUAUUGCUUUGAACUAGUGGAUAAUGGAAUACCUUCAUAGUUUAAACUUGCAAUUAAGUAAUAAAAAACCAUAGACGUGAAUAGAAAAAUUUAGCUUAUCAUGAAGAAAUUGUUCUUCCUAUAUUUGACAGUUCACAUUAUCUUUUCUUCUAAGCUUGAGUUUCUUAAAAUGAAUGGAGAGAAAGAAUAUGUUAGAGUAGCUGUGAUUGUUUUUAGCUGAAGCGUGAUGCAUCAUUGUUCUGGACCGAGAUAGGGCACAUACAGUAAGCAUUGCUACAGGUCGUUUGCAUCCUUCAGAUUCUUGCAACGUUAAAUUAUUGGAAAUGUUAUGGUAGCUCAGAAUCUUUUUGUGGGAAAAAACAAGGCUGAUGUUUCUGAUCCGGUACCUGCUGCCCCGUGGAUCUGUGACACCAUCUCUAUUUACAUCAUCAGAAUUUCACUGUCCGGUCAAGUCAAGGGAACAGCAAAGGUGGGGAGGACUGGCCUAGCAGGUGUCCAGGAAACACUGUGGGCAACAGCAUAAAAAUGUAAAUACAGUUGUCUGUGUUAUAGUGGCCUGAGAAUGGGCAGUGGGGAUGCACCUUUUGGGGCUCGCCUUAUUUUUUGUAUUUCCUGAUGCUGUCUAGAGUUUGCUGUAAGUGUUGUGUGUAUGCAAAUGUCAUACAGCAACAUCCAGUGUAUUUUACUACAAUGACUGUUUUAAGAGCUAUUUUAAUAAAAAGACAUUAUUGGUU